UGGCGUCUGCUACUGAGCAGGUGUGACGUCACAACAGUAACUGGACACAGGUAAUCCUGCUGAACACACGAUAAGCUGUUACAAAAAGAGCUUUCAUUUUCCAGGAAACCUGACGACACUUUGCUACAAAUCAAAAUGGUGGCAGGAUGCGGCGCGAAUCUCGCCAAGGUGGUGUUAGUGGUGGUGAAUGUGAUUUUUCUGUUGCUCGGAUUGGCUAUUGCGGUAAUCGGACUAUAUUUUAAAUUCGGUGAGGACCUGCUGCAGGACAACAUCAAAGAUGUACUGGAUGAAAUCAACCUGGAUAUGGUCGGAGGAGUGGAUGUUUACACAAUGCUCAACCAGAUGUCUAACAUCUUCAUUGCCGUCGGUUUCAUCAUCUUCGCCAUCGGUUUCUUCGGAUGUUGUGGAGCCUGUUGCCAAUGGAGAUGGAUGCUCGUGAUCUAUACCUGUUAUGUGGUUAUCCUACUGUUGAUAGUACAGAUUGCUUAUGUAUCAUAUCUAAACGCUUCUUAUUAAUGUUUACAGAUAACUGAUUCAUUCUCAAACGAGGCUAAAAGUCUGUUAAAUGAGACUUAUAGCGCCACCAAUCCAACCGAUGAACAAAAGAAAGUUAAGGAAGGAUUCAACAAUCUGUUCAAAACGUUUGAGUGUUGCGGCAUCUCUAGCUCCUCAGACAUCACAUCAGCCGGGGGUAACCUACCAGCGGAGUGUUGUCAGGCGUCUUCAGCAACAUCAGCAUCUUGUAAUGGACUCAAUGCGAACGAGGGAUGCUUCACGAAGUUAGACGAUUUAUUCUCGAAGUACACGACUAUCUUCAUUGCCGUUGGUGUGUGUGUUCUCGUUUUCCAGCUGCUGUGUGUAAUCUUCAGCUUCUGUUUGUGCACUGCGAUCAGCCGUGAAGGUGCUGUGUAAGGACGAUAUUGGAAUCGUACACAUAUCAAUAUAGAUUGUAUGUACUUACCAUUGUCACAGUAAACAGUGACAAACAUUACGUCACUGACAGAAAGUGACUCGUGUCAUAACAAAUUAAAUGUAUACUGUAUCCUACCUUGUGGUGUGGAAGAGGAAAAGAUUCAGUUUUGAAUAUCAUAAAUAUGUUCUUAUUCUCAUUUAAAAUUCUAAAAAAUUCAAAACCAAAUUUUAUUCAUCAUAUUUCCAUGACUGCUUGUUAUUUACUAUAAUCUUGUCGAUCUAUAUAUGUAGGGUAUUGAUGACAGAACAUUAGCACGCGCUCCAAAAAGUAAUUAGGAAUGUAUAUUCCCUUAAUGUUUUGGAAAUUUACUUUGCAUUUUGUUCAUAAAAGACCGUGAAAACUUUCCAAUAGUACCUACCAUGGUGUAGAGAUGUUUCGUCACCACUGUCCAAAUUCUCUCGCUGUUAGUGUUCACUCUGGGUGGUGUAAUUAAACAUGUGCCUUUUUAACUGCUCCGUCUUCUCUCGUCUCAUUGUACUUUCUCUCAGUCUAACUCUUUCUACAGGUUAAAUUGAUUCAAUGUUCUGGGAGUUAAUUUGGUUAACAUCCUUAAUCUAUAGCUUUGACGAACAGCCUUAUUCUGUUGGAAAUUUUAACUAUCACCCUUUAUGUGUUGGUUUUUUGUCUGCCUUAUUUCAAAUUCUUAUCUAUAUUUUCCACAUCAAAUGACACGAGACAUGUAAAUAAAAUGGAUUAUAUAUAUUUUGAUGUUAUGAUUGAUAUGAGGAAGUGUUAGUUAUGUUUUUAGAGUGAUUAUUAGGCUUUAUCCUCGAUUACACUGUAUACCGUAGACAAAUUGUUUCCUUGUUAUGAACGGAAUUACUGUUAUUAUGAAAACGGCGUAACUGGAUUAAGUUUUAAGACUGGAAAUAACGAGAUAUGAUUAUCUUACUUCAGACUGGGCCUCGAUUUUUACUGUCUUUUCAUUGUCAGUAAAUAUAUUGUAAAAUCAGCCUCAUUCAAACACAUUAUAGUGAGUAUUUACUGUGAUCUUUGCACAAAAAUGAAAGUGUUUCUUAGUAUCGGCUCUAACACGGAGUAAAUUCUGUUAGGUUCACUUAGAAAGUCUUGUUAUAUUUUAAAACAUAUUUUUACUUAACAAGCGUUUACAAAAACACCAGAGAGAAACUACCAAGAAUUUAUUAUCAUAAUUAUGUUCUCUGCUGAUUUUCUGAGCAUUUCUGUGCGGGUUUCUUCACCUUAAAGAGAAAAUGGAUGUAUGUUUGAUAUUCUCUACAAAGAAAAAAAACCAGUUUCAAUACAUUCCUUCAAAAUUUGAAAUCUGAAUUAUAUAAAAGUUUCACUAUGAUAAUUUUUAUCAGAGGAGUAUGAUUUUUAAUGCCACACAUCAGGAAAUGAACAAAAUACCAACAUUAAAAACCAGCGACAAACGUUAGAUGCAGGGUCAACGAAAAGUCUUUCUAUCAUUGACAAAUACAAGCAUUUUUAUACAUGAAAUUUGUAAUACCGUCGCACGUCAUUAUCUCGAAUACUUCUCGAAGACCCCGUUUAAUUUAUGGUCCCGCCGAGUUCGAGAUAACGAGGUUCGAUUGCAUUUUCAUCAUUUGGUAUGAUUGCAUUUGUAAAUAUAUUUCAUAAAGUUUUACACCACAGAGAUGUUUCUAUAUCGUAUGAUUAAAUAUAUAAUUUAUAUCAAAACAUAUAUUAACGAUUUUUCUAAUACACCAGAAUUUUAUUAAUGUUUCCAUUCUUUUUUAUCAAAUACGUUAAUUAUUCGCCUUUUUAUGAAAUCCAGAUUUUUGUAUAAACUGCUUAAGCUCUGAUGAAUUAACUAGAAGAUGUUGUAACUUUCUCCUGAAUUGAAAUAAAAAUUUUGACCUGUGUUUGUUGCCUUGUGUUAUUACCUCAUCUCAAACCCACACAUCGUGAUCACGUCAAAUCGUUAAUGUCGUUCACAAUAGAAGGGAGAUAACUCGUAUAGCACGGACUCGAUUUUGUUUUUUAUAUUAUCCCGAGGUUUGCUGUAACGUGCAUGUCACGUUUUAAUUCAUUUCGAAAAGUAACACAGUUCAGACUACACACAUAUGCUUGACAGUCUGCUAGAAUUAUCAGAUAUAUGAAAUGUACUGAAUUACGGGCUAGCGUACCUCCCUGUCUAGAUUUUGAUUUCGCCUCUAAGGUUUAGAAUUCAGGUAAUUUGUAUCAGUGACGAGUCCUAGAAGAAUGAAACUGUUGUAUGAUGCGGCUAGCUUGUUUGAUUCUACUGUAUCUUACCUAAGUUUGUAUUAAAUGAUGUUAAUCAC